GAAUAGUAGAAAGUUUGAAGAAAAGCCCAAAACAAGAAAAGCCCAAUGGGGGUUUAUAAUAGAAAACCGGUGGUGAAACGAUUAGCAUCACCUUCUUCGAAAAUCUACCUGUGUUCCGGCGGCGUGAUGGUUAAAGUUGCUUUCUACAGGAACUAUGGGAAAACAUUCAAGAAGCCGCGUCGUCCAUACGAGAAGGAGCGAUUGGAUGCUGAGUUGAAACUGGUCGGAGAGUACGGUCUUAGGUGCAAGAGGGAGCUUUGGAGGGUUCAGUACGCUUUGAGCCGUAUCCGUAACAAUGCAAGGAAUCUGUUGACCUUGGAUGAGAAGAAUCCUCGUCGUAUCUUUGAGGGUGAAGCGCUGUUGAGAAGGAUGUUUAAGCAUGGUCUUCUUGAUGAAACUCAGAACAAACUCGAUUAUGUCUUGGCUCUCACUGUUGAGAAUUUUCUUGAACGCCGUCUUCAGACACUUGCAUUCAAAUCUGGUAUGGCCAAGUCCAUUCAUCAUGCUAGGGUUCUUAUCAGGCAGAGACACAUCAGGGUUGGGAGGCAGGUUGUGAACAUCCCAUCAUUCAUGGUGAGGGUUGAUUCACAGAAGCACAUUGACUUUUCACUCACAAGUCCUUUUGGUGGUGGUCUUCCCGGUCGCGUGAAGCGAAAGAACCUUAAGGCUGCAGCCAAGAAGGCUUCUGGUGGUGAUGGUGAUGAGGAGGAUGAAGAUUAAAUUUAAAUUAUGAUUUUCUUUUGCUUAGAUCCUUGCUCUAGCCUCUUGAUAUCUGUCCUAGACUUUAGAUUUUCUAUCAUGCAUAUGACUUUUACCAUUUUCCUAUCCUUGUUUAUUGUGCGAGUAAAUCUUUGCUCGAGAGAUGUUCUUUUUGAGCUUUUCUUUUCCAAGUAUAGAGUUUUGCUCCAAUACAUUUGAUGAUCUUUAUGAUAAUUGAACCUUUUACUUAAUGGAGUUUGUAUGAGUAUAUUAUUUAGCAGUUUGAUUUUGCAUAUUUUGAUGGGGUGUGCCUGUGUAUCGAACCAACCAAAACUUCAAUUCAACUAUGCUUCAUAUGGUGUA